GAGCUGAGGAGCGGGUUUGAUGCGUAAAAGCGCAAAUAAGGGAAAAGACAUGCAGGUUGUUUACAGCGCGAAGCUCCUCCAGCUGAUCAUCUGACAUAACGCGACUAUCGGAGGACAUGUAGGCAACUUUGUGUCUGGACGACCCUCGGACACAUGAUGGAGCCCGUCAUGGCCGUGAUGAACCGCGCAGGUGAACUCGCCGCCUGCCGCGACCCAGCGCGCAGAAAGCUGGGGAUGAGACAGUUCUCGACCUCGUUUCACCUCCAGCAGCCGCUGCAGCUCCAGUAUGACGGACUCGCGAUGGGGCUCGGAGUGACCGAUGAUGCGCAUUCAGUCGGGAGCGCGCAUGUGAACAUCGGGCAUGUUGACAGUAACGCGGCGCGUCACGGAGUGCGCAUCUAUCCGGUGACAUCACCGGGACAGCUGUCGGCCAGCAGGCACCUGCAGCAACUCAACACGCAGUACUGUAACCACGGGCAACACGCAUCCCAUCAUCAAAACUACAUGCACGUGCCACAAGCUGUUAACUACGGCAGAGACGCAGCGCACCUCGGUGCGCCCGGGUGGACUCCUGCGGGACUCCUGGAACAGGUCCAAGGUAUAGACUCUGAUCAGGUGGACGAGGAGGUUCUGAUGGGGCUGGUGGUGGAGUUCGGUUUGGACCGUGUGAAGGAGCUCCCGGAGCUGUGGCUCGGACACAACGAGUUCGAGCUGGUGGCGGACUUUGUGUGCAAACAGCAGAGCAGAGUGAGCUGAGGAAGAGGAGGCUGAGAGGAAACCUGUGGCUGAAGUGGAGUGCAGCCUGGAGGGUUACUGGUUUACUUUAUUUCCAAAGCAUUCACUAUUCAUUUAGGGACUGUUCUUUAUUCAUCAAAGGGAGGGGUGGAGGCUGGGCUGUGACUUGGCUAACAUUUUAAAUACGUUGAGAUCAAAGUGAUUUUGAUGAAAUAUCACGAGGCUAGUUGGGUUUUUAUCUUUUGACCAACACAUUCUCACUGCGACCUCAUCGCAUAUCCACGUUUGGUCAUGGACUUGCCACGUCCACAUAUGACGUGCAAGGUACCCUGGGUGUGGUGGUUGUUGACGUUCUGGGACGCCGUGCCAACUUCAGCCUGUUACAUGCAUUGUCUGUUUUCAAAAUACACUUCUGUUUUCACAGGAAAUGUACAGUUUGCAUACAGUCGCUUUCAAAAUAAAAGCACUACAUCAGCACAACACCGCAAAUUGACAAUUUUUCUUCUUCACCAACACAUGCACGUUGUUUCAUUUAGGAAAAAAGAACUGGGUUUGGCUUUACAAUCUUAGGGGAAGUGAACACCGGCCUCCCGGAUGAAAGUGGUUGUUGUGUUGUCGGACUUCUGCCCCCUUUAACUUAUGUUGCUGUCCUGCCACAUUUCCCCUUGACGCUGCCAGGUGCGCUUAAACAAUAAUGGUGACUGGAUAUGUAUCAUGCUGAUGUGAAAGGACGGCUUUUUCAUUGGUGUCUGACACCAGAAGUCACUGAAUAAAUGCUGCUAUUCAGCGACAUAGAAGUGAGAGCGGGUUGUUAUGAUGGAAGCAUUCGUUGCACAUGAUGUGUCCAAGGACCGUCAAAAAUUAGAAAAUCCAAUGAUUAUAUCUGUGUUUACAGUUUCAGACUGUGGUGUUAUUUUGGUUUCUUUUUUAAGAAAGCAUGUCUUUCAAACCCGCACAUUUGUAAGGCAUGUUUACUUUAAAAAAAACAGUGGUAAAAUAAAUAAAAAAUACAACCACUUAAAUUUGUAUGCCCCUCCCUUAUGCCACAAUAAAAAAGCAACACCCCCUCAUAAGUAAUGAACGGUCCCUUACUUUUAACUUUCCCCACACCGUUUAACACACAGGUGACACUCCCACACCCGCCACAUACCUGUUUUCAUGUUUCCUGUUUGUAUGCGCUCUCAGUUUGGGUAGCUCUGUUUGCCGAGUUUCACCGCGCUGUCCUUCUGCUCUCCUGUCCGGUGAUCCUCUCAGAAAAAUGCCAGAUUAUAAACAGCUACCGUCCCUUCGAGUCACAACACACACGGAAGCAAAAACAGCGUGUUGUCUGACAGGCCAUCAGUGAGCCAUUUUUCCCCAGGUGAACCACUUCACCUUAAAUCUGGUUAUUUUACG